UGGUUCAGGAAGUUAAGUGGUUGCGCGCUGGAGCGCGCACCGUGGACGCGGAGAAUGUGCGCCUCAGCAGUCUGUGCAGGGCUCAGCUCCUCUCUGCUGUGCGCACUUCGAGCGGUUUAACAAGCAGUCUCCUCCACGAGCGGGAUCAUCAGCAACUUUAUAUAUAUAUAGGCCUGCUGCAACGCCAAAAGUACAAAGGCUCAUUAUGGGAAACAGGCUCAGCAGAAGGCGAGAAACCCCAGCCAGCACCCAUGAAACUGUGGCUGCUGAAGAGAAGACCACAAAGGAGCCAGGAAACGACUCUGCAGUUACACAGACUCACGAAGCCGCCAAAACAGAGGAUCUAGAUGUGGUGGUGGGAGAGCCAGUGACACCAGUGGUGUGUUUACCCAAUGAAGAAUGUGUCGCGGAGUUUAAAGAAGCAGAGGCUUCCAGUGCCUCAGCCCCGAAAAAUGAUACAGAACCAGCACCUGUGGUAAAGGAAGCCCCAGUCCAACCUGAACCUCAGGUCUCAGCCAGCACACCUUCAGAACCAGCUGCUGAAGCCGAGCUUGCUCCUGACUCCGAACCAGACAUUGAGAUAGUCCAGCCCAUCUCAGAGCCAGCACCAGCCUCAGUGGAGCAUCUGGAGCAGCAGCCGGAUCAACUAACACAAGAGUCUCUCCAUGAACCGGUUCUUUCUUCGCCCCCUUUGACCGACUCUGGUCCCCCUGAUUUCGCGCCCUCCCAAGAUCCCAUCCCUGUCCCAGUCAAUCCAGACGAGCCAUCAGACCUCCCAUCAGGUGAGGAACGCCAAGAUGGUGAUGAGGCUGCUGACAAUUCCACGCUUGAGCCAGAGAAGCCAGCAGAAGCACAUCUGGAAAAGCCGAUGGAGGUGGAGGCUGAAGAGAGUUUGGAGAAGCUUGGAAGUGAUGUCAACGAGGAAAGCGUUAGUGAAACCCCAAAGAACUCGGAGCUGAGAGGAAAUGACCUUGUCAGUGACCUCAUUCCAAGAGAUGUCAAUUUCCCUGAUGACACUCCCAUCACAGACAUGAGCACAUCUACUGAGCUGAUGUGAAUCCAUCAGAGGAUUCAUGAAGGAAGUGAAACCCUCUAAAUCUAAAUUGUGAAUGGAUCUAAAAACAGUGGUUUGUCUCACCCUAAGUGCCCACAUUAAUGCUAAUAGAGCCUUUUUUUUAAUGUUAAAUGAACCAAAGGUGCCAAAAAGCAGUGUGUGUGUACAUGUGUGUGUUGUGAUGGAAAGAAGAGUGACCUAGAAUACUUCAUUAUUAGACAGAGAUCUUCAUCUGUGAAGAUCCAGGCAGAAAUUAAAUGUGUCUUGUAUAUAUUUGAGCAGUUUUCUUUUUUGUUUUAAAAAAAAUUGGCAACAAAAAGAAAAAUGAAAAGAAGGUUAAUGAAAUAAAUGUAAAGGACAAAGAAUGCAACUUCAGCUGGAAACGGCAUAUGCAUUCCACAACUGGUUACAAGUAUCUACUACACAUUUAUGAAUUAACAUAGUAAUACAUGGCAUUUUCAAUAAUCCACUAAUCAGAAUGAUUGUCAUCUUAUGUAAUUUUAAAUAAAAUAAAUGAAUUUUCAAUUUCAAGUAGUUGCCUUUGAAAAUAAACUGGCAUUUACACAUCACAAUCUUGCUCCCUGUUU